AAUUUGUCCUUUUCACAGAUGAAAAAUCCAGAAAAUUCAUCAGAAGAAAACCUCACUGAAUGGAUGGAAUUUGUUCUGCUGGGAUUCGCCGAAGUUCCUCACCUCCAGUGGUUCCUGUUUGGCUUGUUCUUUGUCAGCUACGCCAUUGUAUUGUUAGGAAAUGGCACAAUAUUACUAGUAACCAGAGUGGAUCCUUCUCUUCAGACCCCCAUGUACUUUUUCCUUGGCAACUUUUCUUUCUUGGAAAUCUGUUAUGUUUCUGUGGUUCUACCUAGGAUGCUCAUGAACCUUGCGACCCAACAAAGAGCCAUCUCUUUGGCUGCUUGUGCUGCACAAAUGUGCUGGGUUCUUAUAUUGGGAGCCACAGAGUGUUUUCUCCUGGCAGUGAUGUCCUAUGACCGCUAUGUGGCCAUCUGUAAGCCUCUGCACUAUGCUCUAGUCAUGAACCACAACGUCUGCACCAAGUUGGUCGCUGGAUCCUGGAUCGGUGGUGUACCUGUCCAGAUAGGGCAGACAUUCCAGAUUUUCUCUCUGCCUUUCUGUGGUUCCAACCAAAUCAACCAUUUCUUCUGCGACAUCCCUCCAAUACUCAAGCUGGCUUGUGGGGAAACCUUCAUAAAUCAGUUGAUGGUCUACAUAGUUGCUGUGUUGUUUGUUUCUGUUCCAUUUCUGUUAAUCCUCAUCUCCUACAGCAAAAUCAUCUCAAAGAUCCUGAAACUGCCUUCGGCCACAAGUCAGUCCAAAGCCUUCUCCACCUGUUCCUCUCACCUUGCAGUUGUGGUCUUAUUCUUUGGAUCGGCCAUUAUUACAUAUUUAAGACCUAAGUCGAGCCACUCCUCAGGAACUGACAAAGUGCUUUCUGUUUUCUAUACUAUU